CUCUGAAAAAAUGCUUUUUCUUUCAGGGCUUGUUGGCGCUUUGCUGUUGCUAACUGCUGAAGCAAGAGUUGGAAACUCCUCUGACUGCGAGUUCUGCACUGAGACUGAAGAAUGCCUGUUAUAUGAUCUGGUCUGUGAAACUGACAGAUAUGAGGUCCGGCACUACAGCGCUGUCAAAUGGGUUUACACUACAGAGAAAGGCUACAUCAUGGAAUUUGCAGUAUGGAGAGCAGUCGAACGACUGAUUGAAUACAUCAGUGGUGAAAACAAGGAGGGAAAGAAAAUCAAAAUGACAACUCCUGUUGUUGUGACUAUUCCUGAGAACACAAGAUUUUGGGAGAAGAAUGAGUAUGUAGUAAGUUUCUUGCUGCCAUCUGAGCAUCAGAGGAAUGCCCCCAUGCCUACUGAUGAUAAGCAGGUGCUCUUCUACGACCAGCCAGAAAUGUACAUGUAUGUACUGGGCUAUGGAGGAUGGAUGACGAGUCUUUCUGACAAAAUUAAAUCCAGCAGUCUCAGCCGAGCACUGAACUCAGCUGGUGCAAAGUACGUGAAAGACUUGCACUUUGCAGUUGUCUACAACAGUCCAAUGAAGUGGUUUGAUAGGCACAAUGAGGUGUGGAUGCUUGCUGAUGGUAAGCCGGUGUGUUCCAGCAGCGAGGACAUGGAUAUUGGAUUUCCUUUUUUCAACUGA